AAGAACUUGAUGAAACCAUUAAAACAGAUUCAAAUGCUACAAUUACAACUACUAUUAGUCAAUCAUUAGAAUAUCUUGAUGUUACUAUUGAAAAUAAUAAUGGAAAUUUAAAAAUAUCUAUUUAUCAUAAAUCAGCUUCAGAACCCUAUAUUCUACCUUAUGAAUCUGAUCAUCCAAGACACGUUCAUGCGAAUAUAAUUUAUACUGCAUUAGUGCAAGCUGCACGUAGCUGUUCCAAUAUGGAAGAUUUUGACAUGGAACGAUUAAGUAUGGAAAUGAUAUUACUGUAUAAUUAA